AUGAACGUGUAUCCAGGCUCCACCAAACCUGCAGUCCAGUCUUCCUACCAACAUCGCCCUACUACUACCUCUUCCCAUCCAUCAUGGUCGUUCCUCGAUGAAACCAUCGACAUGCUACAUACUCCACGCUUUCUUAGAAACAGUUCUGCUUCUAAACAGCUUUUCGCAAAGGAAGGCCACGAAUACCGGCAUCAGACUUCAGAUGUCAAAAGACCUCCACCAACAGAAAAGGAAAAAAGGCGGAAAGAAGAAGAAGAAGCAUAUAGGAAAAAAAGAUUGGAACAAUUAUAUGAUGAGGAAAGGCGUCGAAAGAAGAUCCUUGAGGAAGCUGACCUGGAGGCCAGGCGACACUGUGAUGUUUUCUCUGGAAGCGACCCACUUCGUAUUAUUUCGUAUUCUAGAGACUUUGGGCCUACCCAGAAAUCUCCAAUACCGUUAGAUCGAUUUGAAGAAUCCAUGACGACUCUCAGUGUGCCUCCAGAACGACGCAGAGGAUUCCAAAUCCAGGGCAAAGCAAAAGUCUUGUAUCACUUCAGCGCCCAAAAUCCAAAGGAAUUGUCUUUACGGAAAGGUGACAUCGUUUAUCUACAUCGCCAACUUGAUAAAAACUGGUUUGAAGGAGAGAGACAUGGACGUGUUGGCAUCUUCCCUGUCAAUUAUGUGGAAGUUUUAACAACAAUUGAAGCAGCUCGAGCAGCAGCUUUGCAGGCUGAGGGUCAGGCCAGAGCAAAGUACAACUUUGUAGCCCAGACAUCUGUGGAACUAACACUAAGAAAGGGGGAACUGGUUGUCUUGUUACGAAAAGUCGAUGAAAAUUGGUACGAAGGUCGUACUGGCUCACGACAAGGCAUCUUCCCAAUCAGUUAUGUGGAAGUAAUUAGGCAACCCUCUACACCCUUAAUAACACCAGCACCUUCAGUGAUUUGCACCCCUAUGACUGCUACCCCAGAAAUGCUUUCUCCCGUUGGUUAUGAUGCUCCCACUCCACCUCCUCAGCCAUCUCCAAGUGCCUUUCACUACCAAAGAUCAGGGUACAGUUCAAGAGUGCAAAGUCCCCCAGCUAUUGUACCCACAAUGGCCAAUCAGUCCAGAUCUGCAGCACCGUCAUCUCUACAGUCGCCAGCCAGUGUUGAUGGAAUCACAAUGGACAUGGCCUUUUCCCCAAAGAUGAAGCAGAGCCCACUUUUUCAUCGGAAAUCAAUGUCUCCAACUGGUAUCAAAACACAAACAUCACAAGACGUAAUAACGGUGACUAAAACCCACACUGCUGUUUCAGAUGAUGAUUUAGCUUUAACAAAAUAUCGUGCAAUCUAUGCUUACAAACCACAAAAUGAAGAUGAAUUAGAACUUUGGGAAGGUGAUGAAGUUUACGGCGUACUGGAAUAUUUGGGACUUUCCCUGGAAAUUAUGUGCAACCUGUAUGAUUCAACAACAUUGAAGAAAAAUAUAAAAACCAGAAACCAACUUUAA